AUGGCGGGCACACAAACGCGGCGAGCCCCCUACAAGGACACUCUGCAGCCGGCGUUGCAUCGACGCUUCUCCUCAACAGCUAGUCUGUUGUUGGCCGUGUCGUACCUCGAAUCGAUCCUGCUGAGCAGCUGGGACUCCUGCCCGGCAGGCUUUCGAACGCUGCUGCUCUUCACAUGCGGCCUCACCAUUCUCGUUCUCCGAAUCGCCUUUUACCACGUGGGCAUCAAUACGACAGGCUCGGGCCUGCAUCGCUUUGCAUCUUCACUUCUCAGCCCCCGAACGUACGAGACAGCCUUUUGGUACGGUACUUCGAGUCUGCUCUACUGCGCCAUCUAUCUAGGAACGACAGAUGAGGACUCAAAUCUUGGAUGGAUCACAUACUUUAGUGGCGACCGCGCCAGGCUAAACGAGCGACCCGUCUUCUUGGCCUGCUACAUGAUCACGUUUGCGCUUGUUCAGACUAUUGAGCAUCACAGACAUGAUACCGACCGUCUCGAUCUCGGCGCGCUGGAAAGGAAGCCUGCGGCGGAGCAAAAGAACGCGGGUAUCAUAUCAGGAUCCCUUCAAGCUGUUCUGGAGGAGCUGCCGAUGGCCCUAGCUGAAUGCUUCAAGCUGGCACUCAUGUCUAUACCCGGGACACUCAUCCUUUACUUUUUCUUCCUGAGAUCGUUUGCCUGGUCGUGGACUUUGACAUUCCUCCGUCCGUUCUACAACCUGCCCAGGACUAACAUGCUUCCAUCGUCUUGGCCCUCGGACAUCUAUCUUUUGGCUCGUUGUGUUUUGGCAGGAGUUGGUGUUGGAUUCUUGUGGGCGGCCGGUAACAAGGCCUUCUCGAUUUUCAUGGUUAAGAAACCUCUGAAGAACGACAACCCCUUGACGUCUGACUCUAAGGACCCCAACGGCAGUCUACUCAACGGUCUGAAGAGCAAGAAGCUCUCCAUCAAGUCCUUUGCCAUGUGGGAAUUGGCCCUCACAGCGCAGAACUAUGGGCCCCGAAGGCAAAGUAUUUUCAACGACAUUGACCGCCAAGGUGGCCCCAUGUGGUCUCAGAUAUACACAAUCUGCAUGGAGACUCUCAAAAGCAUCGAGUCCAAUGUUGAUGCCUAUGGGCAACCAGCAGCACACGUAGCUCCGGAAGCCGCACAGAUUGAAGAAAAGCAACGCUCGUCAGCUCCGUUGAGGGACGAUGCCAUUUUCACCAGCCAGUCUAGACAGGCAACCCUUCGGACUGGGGUUGAAAGAGCUCUGGACAAACUUGCACGGAACCCCGGCUCAACACCCGCUUCAGAGCUUAGCCCUAUCGCUCGCAAAACCUGGCAGAAUGCCAAAGACCGAGUGCUGAGCAAAGAACAGCAAGAAGCAGUCUCUCCUGACCAUUUAAUGGACCAAGCCAGACAGGUGGCCAUUCGCCUGAUAUCAAUUGGAUGGAUCGGCGAUCUCAUCCGACAAAGCUUCCGAACGCAAUUUGCCGCCGCAGUCCUGGGCGGUCCAUCGGCCGAGCCAACCUUGCACGCAAACGCGGCCACUGCACUCUGCCAACUGGCGGUGCACAGCUUGGCUGAGGACUCGUAUGGCAACGUUCACAGAGAUGUCCCCAGCAUAAUCCGCACCCUGGCAUCGAUCAUCAAGAAAGUGGAGGGGUUGAAGGCACAAUUUCCUCUGCAUUGGACCGACGUAAGGGGAUCAAAGGAGUGUCCCGAGGUGGACGAGCUGGUGGAGGCGUUGAAGACUGGCUUGGAGCAGGUCAUUUCCAAAUUCGAGCCCUACAGCACUGAUCUGAGGCUCACGCCUACCGACUUGCGGAUCGCAAAGGAAGCCAUUGGGAAACCAGAAGUGCAGAAGACCAAGGCGAGAGAAAGGACGCCCGAGCCCAAAAAAGCCUCCAUUGAGACAAGGACGAAUGGAGAUCGGGCAGAGAGGAAACCCGCACGAGCAGACUUCAAGCGGGUAGAGUUUAAACGGGUAGAGUUCAAGGAGCCGGAGAUGGAGCAGGUUCGGUAG